AUGAAAAGUGAUGAUAGUUCGUUCUAUAGCGUUGUCUAUCAGGAUGUCUAUGAUCCAUACCCUUUAUCUACAGAUUUACCAUCAUCUGGAAAUGAAGUCCCCUUUAAAUAAUUAAGGUUAUCUUUUGAUUAAUUAAUUAGUGGAGACGAAGCAAUAGAGAAAAGUUAUAUGGAAUCUAACUGUUAAUCAUCCAUAUGGGCAAAAAGAGGAUCGAAAGCAUCAUUUUUAUUGACAAGCAUAACGAUUAUGAAGAGCAUGGUUGGAGUUGGAAUUUUAGGAAUUGUACUUUAAUUUGUUAUUUAUAGCCUAAUGUAAUGAAAAAUUUUGGAGUAAUAUUAACAAUAGUUAUAAUGAUUACUGUUUAUUCCUUAGGUAUGACAACAUCAAGAGUUCUACUUAAAUGUAAGAAUUUAAGCAAGAAAAGUAAUUAUUCAACAAUUGGAUAUUUUAUAUUUCGUCAUAGUUGGAUUAUUUACACAGUUAAUAUAGUUAUUACAUUAUCCAAUAUAACAACAUGUCUUAGUGAAUUAAUGUAUACCAAAAUAUAAAUAUAUUAGUAUUUUUGGAGAUGCCUCUUAAUUGUUAAUUAAAUUUUAUAAGGGGUAGGAUUAUGAGGUUCCAUUUUAUUUAUCAAGAACAUUUUUACUAUGUAUUCUUGGAUUAGUUCUUAUACCUCUUUUGAUUGUAAAAUCUAUAGAAAAAUUAAGAUUUGUUAGUUUGACAGCCAUUCUCUCAAUUAGUACUUUUACUGGAUUAGCAUUUUACAAUUUCUUUACUAAAGAGGAAAUACCUGAGGGUAAUAUGAAUUGUUAAUAUAGGUUUUUCUUUAUUGAUUCCAUCAACAUUUAAUUUCAAGAAUGCAAUGUCUGCACUUCCAACAUUGCUUUUAGCAUACAAUUGGCAAUUUAAUUUAUUUCCUAUCUUUAAAGGAAUGGAGGGACCUACAGAUAUAAAGAUGACUUAUGCAAUGUUUACUGGAUAUUCAAUGGCAUCCUUUUUAUAUUUAUGUGUUGGUAUAUUAGGUUAUGCUACAUAUGGAAAUGAUGUAUAUAUAAUUGAUUAAUUCAUUAGAUUUAAACUAAUUAUUUAAAGAGUAUUAAAUCUGAAGAGGUUGGAUCAAUUUUGUAUGUAAUUUUGAAUGUGACAUUUGUUAUUUCGACUACAUUAACUUUGCCUGUAUUAUUUUUUGGUGGAAGGAAUAAUUUCAUUUAAAUUUAUAAAUAAUUAACAUCAGAGAAAAAAACAGUUUAAGAAAUUAAAAGUUAUAAAUAAUUUUUGGAUGAGACUGAUUCUAAAAGAUAAGAAAAAUUAAUUGAAAUUAAAUUAAAAAAGAAAUCAUAAAAGUUAAGAUUUUAUUUAUUAACUUUUAUACUUUUCUUAUUAUUAAUGUGUGGUGCAUUAUUUUUAGAUAAUCUUGCAUUAGUAUUUAAUAUAAAAGGUGCUGUGUUUUGUAAUACAAUUUAAUUUGUAUUGCCAACUUUAUUUUAUAUAAAAUUGGUUGAAAAAGUAAAGAAAUAUAGAUUCAAAAGUAAAUUAAAAUAAUAUUUUUAUUAUGGUAUAAAAAUAUUAUUUUGCAUGAGUUGGGUAUUUUUAGUUACUUGUGUUGUAUGUGGAACCAUGGCAGCAGGACAUUGA